AUGGACGAGGUAGAAAAGUUGAACUUGUCGCUGAACGGGUGCGGCUACCUGGGCAUCUACCAUGUGGGGGUGUGCGGCGCCAUCCGGAAACACAGGCCCGAGAUCCUGCGGCACAAGAUAUCCGGAGGAUCCGUAGGCGCCCUGGUCGCCUGCGCCUUCAUGUGCGAAGUACCGCUGGAGAUCUGCACCCGGUACGUGCUGGACGUGUCGGCGCGGGUGCGGGGCGGCAUCCUGGGCCCCAUGAGCCCGGACCUGGACGUGAUGCGCCUGCUGCACGACUACAUGGACAAGAUGCUGCCGGACGGUGCGGCCCGGAUGUGCGACGGACGGCUGCACGUAUCCGUCACCAGGUUCGAGGACGGGAAGAACGUCCUGCUGGACAGGUUCCGGAACAGGCAGGAGCUCCUGCAGGCGUUGAUGUGCAGCUGCUUCAUUCCAGUGUACUGUGGCUACGAACCUCCCGUAUUCAACGGAGUGCUGACGGCACAGAAUGCGUACAUGAUGUUUCGGGUACUGUUCCCGGGAACCCCCGACCUGCAGAAGGGGUUCUGCCACCGGGGCUACAACGACGGACUGCGCUUUCUCAGGGACAGAGGCCUCUACCCUUGUUCCGAAUGCGGUGGCAGUUCGAAUCACUCUACGUGUGCCCCUCCGAAUGUGCCCCUGCCCCCGGAAAUGGAUCAAGAGAUCGAGUCGGCCAUCGGCGACUUCCGGCAGCGCCUGGGCUACCGCCUGUUCCAAUACCGCUCCAUGAAGGUGCUCUACUACGUCAACAUGCCCAGCAUCGUGACGGCCAAGGUGGCCUACGUCUUCAUCUCGGCGAUCCUCCAGAAAGUGCAGAACAAGGCGGGCCUCCACAUGGACGACCUCUGGGUGCAGUUCCUGCAAGUUCUGAAGGAGGGACUCUACCGCCCCAACGACAAGAGAAAGUCUUCGAAGGCUGUCGAGCAUUCCGAAAAGGAGGCCAAAGAAGCGCCAGACGCCGCCAAGACAGCCGAUUCGAACGCCAAAGUGAACGCCAAAACGUUCGGCAAGGCGUGCCAACUGGACCUGGAGGAGUUCGCCGAGCAGAGCGAGAUGAAGGACACCUACAUAUGCUGAGCUUUUGUGUUCCCUAGCGUCGUCCGAAGCAAAUACGCAAUAUCCGAACACUCCGCCAUUUUGGUUCCCAGGGACUGCGAAUACGUUCGAGCCCCGUGAUCUUUCUCGGCGCUAAAUGCAAUCAAACUCUUUUACGAAGAGCACGAAUUUGGCGAGAUCCCGGUUUUACCGAGCAAUAAAGCGACAAGUGCUCUCUCUAUGUCCUAAGUUCCACGUGCGCCAUUUUAUUUAAAUUCCUAGUGCAGUUUCGCAACGAUAAGUGUCCAGGUGCCGCAGUCUAGCGGAGAAACUGUGUGUGAUCAUUCUUGUGGUAGUGGCAUCCGCCGACUGUGGAGCCACAUGAUAAAAAAAAAUGGAUGUUAUACCGGAGGAUCGCACUUAGGUCUGCGAAAGGUAAAGCCUCCAACGCAACCCGAUUAAAAAGAAAA